AUGCUGGUUCCCCCGUCUCUGCUACCAGGAGAAGAAGCUGCUAACGCUGUCGUGGCAGUCGCCUUCGUGGUUCUCUUGCUCAUCUCCUCAUCGAUCGGCCUGCUUCCGUAUUCGUCUCUGCCCUCCACACCUGCGGCCGCGCAACCAUAUAUUCCGCGCCAGUCCGACAAGGUGCUGCAUUUUAUAUUCUUUUUCGGCCUCACAGCGACCUUCUACUUCAUCCUCGAUACCACUCGAAGACGGGUCAUUCACUUUACCUUGGUGGUUUGCACACUAUGUCUUGCCGUGGGAAGCGAAGUGGCCCAGCAUCUACUGCCAAAUGAUCGCGAGUUCGACCCUUGGGAUGUCCUCGCCAAUGUAGUGGGGAGCCUUACAGCUUUGGGACUGGCCAGUGCAUACCAUCGACGUGCGGCCGAAAGACGAAGAAGAGCGAAGUUUUCGGCUCUCACGGGUGACGCUCUCGAAGGAGAAGAUUUGGAGCUAGGGGAGGGUGCGAAUAGGGUGCUUGGAGGAUCCAGCGUCGACGGCCAAGAAACCGGCGUUGUGCAACGGUCUCUCGACGAAGAGCUAGAUAACUGGAACGAGAAUGUUCCCGACGACGCCUGGGACGAAGACGAAGAUAUAACGACGAGUGGUCAGAACACCAAAGUGACCCCCUCGACAAGCUCGGUGGGAAGCGAAGAGCCUCCCAAGAAAAUGGCCGUGGAUUAA